CGAUAGUCGACUUUCGUGUUCAGACAGCAAGAAAAGCGAAAAGAAAAAGAAGAAGAAAAAUAAUUUACCAAACCUAAUUUAAUAAUAAUAAAAAAAAAAAAAUAAUAAAAAUAAUUUAUGAAGUUUGGAAAAUUUAAAUAUGAUUGAUUAAAAAAACAAAAAAAAAAUUUUCAAAUAAUAAAUAAAUUUAGAAGAGAGAGAGAGAAAAAAAAAAGAGAAACAAAAAAAUCUUUAAUUAACAGGAAUUUUUCCUAAAAAAAAAUCAAAAGUGAAAAUUAUAAUUAAGAAUAAAAAUAGAAAAAACUAAUUAAAAGAUGUUGAAAAAAAAUUAAUCAAAAGUGUAAAAGAGAAAAAAAUUUUUUUUUUCAAUUCUAUAAAAAAAAAUAAAAAUAUUAACGGUUUUGUCAAUGAACAGUAAAGUGAAAAAAUAUUCAAAAUUGAUUCACAUUCGAACUUUCAAAACAAUUUAAAGUAAGUUGAAUAAAAAAAUUGUAAUAAAGAAAGAAGGCAGGAGAACGAUCUCAAACGUUCUACAAAAAAAAAUCAAAUUCAAAUUCAGAAAAAAAAAAAAUCAAUGUUUCAUCAAAUCUUUCAUUUUAGAAAAUCAAAAUCUUCGACAAUGAGAUACAAAGUAUUUUGAGACACCGACCCGGUUAUUUCACCAAUUAUUUUGUAGUCAAAUUUCAAAAAAAAAAAAUUCACCUUUUCGUUUUUUAAUGAUUUUUGCAUACAAAAAAAAAAAAAAAUAGCAAAAAAAUAUGAUUAGAAAAUUACAUAAAAAAGUUGGCUUAAUUUAAAAAAAAAAUCAUAAUAGCAAAAAAAAAAUAAAAAUUAAUUUGAUUUGAAAAAAAAAAAAUCAAAAAUUAUUUAUUCUUACAUAAAACACAAAAAAAAAAGAAAAAAUAAAAAAUCAAAAAAUAUUAAAAAAAAAAAAAAUUUUUUUUCUUUUAUUUAUAAAUUCAUUCUCAAACAAAAAAAAAAAAUUAAAAAAAAUAAAUAAGUUUUUCUUUUCUUAAUUGUCUAUAAUAUUUAAUUAUUAUUGUUUUAAUCACACGUGUUUGUUAAUCAAUAUUUUUAAAUAAAAUUCUCUUUAUAAUUUCUUAUUAUUAUUAUUAUAUAAUUUCAAAUUGUAUAAUGUCAACUGGUAGGCGUCUAGCAAAACGAUCUAUCAUUGGCACUAGAGUUUGUGCACAGGGACCAGACGGUCUCUGGUAUUCUGGUGUUAUACAGGACGUUCGUACACCACCAAAUAAAAAUCAACAAAGUGAAAAUAAUAAUUGUAUUAAUUUAACAUCUGAAACAAGAUAUUCAGUACGUUUUGAUUUUAAAACAGUACAAAUGCAAAUGCAAUCAUCAUCAGAUAUAAUAAUGGAUGGUGGUAUUAAAAAUGGUGCUGUAACAUAUAUUAUUAAUAACAAUAAUAGUAAUAACAAUAAUAAUAAUAAUAAUAAUACAAAUAAUAGUAUAAAUAAUAAUAAUACUCAACAAAUGCAACAACAACAACAACAACAACAGCAACAACAACAAAAUAAUAUUUGUUAUACAACAUCAUCAUCAAUAUCAACUACAUCAUCAUCAACACCAUCAACAAUAUCAUCAUCAAAUUCAUUAUCAAAUUAUGAUUCAAAUAUGAUGGAUACAGAUCAAAAUUGUGAACAACAAAAUGAUCAUAUUAUUAAUGAAAUAUCACAUCAACAACAACAACAACAACAACAACAUCAUUUACAACAGCAACAACAACAACAACAACAAAUUAUUGUUACACAACAACAACAUAUUCAGCAACAACACCAACAACAUCAACAACAUGUUAAUUUACUUAUAAAUCCAAUACAAACAAUAAGACGUAAUGCACUUAUUAAAGAAUUUCGUGAAUCAGAAUUAAUUGGACCUGGAUUUAGAUCAAUAAUGGGUGUACAAUUAUUACCUGGACAAAAAGUAUUUUUAACACAUAACGGUCGUGAAACAUCCGGUGAUAUUAUAAGUCAUGAUUUACAAAAAGAUGAUGUAAUUGUACGCAUUACUACAAUUGGUGUUGAGGAACCAUUGGAAUUACGUAAACGUCUUGAAGAAGUACGUCUAUUAGAAUCACGCCGUUCGGCACGUUUAGCUGAUCAAGAUCGAGAUACAGAUUUUGCACGUUUAGCUGAUAUGGCUGGAGAUCGUCGUCGAACAUCACAUAAUAUUGAUGUGCCAAUAGUUUUUACACAACAACAAAACUCACGCAAACGUCGUCCAUCAUAUUCACAAGAUGAACGAGAAAAUUUCUUACAAUUUCGUGAUGAAAGUGAAAUGGAAGCAUGUAACGCAGCUCUUGUACUUAUGAGUCUAUCAUGUUCACCCCGAUCUCCAAGUAUAAAUAAAGGUCAAUGGAAUACAUUCGGUUCAUCACCAGGUAGCAGUAGUGCAUCAUGGAGUUCAGGAUCGUCUUCUCCGCCAUUAAGUGAUGACGGAUCAACUCUUCCAAUGUUGCAUUGUGCCAAUAAUAAUAAUAUUAGUAAUAAUACUAACAAUAAUAGUAAUAAUAAUAACAGUGUUAUAAAUAAUAAUAAUCGUAAUCGUACAACAUCAUUAUCAACGUCUGAUGAAGGAAUUGUUAUGGAUUAUGGUGAAGAGACACCACGUAAACGAAAGGCACAAAUUAUAUAUAAAUGUACUUGGAAGGGUUGUAAUACAAUUGAAAUGACUGUAGAAAAAAUUGAAUUACAUGUCCGUAAUGCUCAUCUUGGUCCAAAGAAACCAAAACACAAUAGCAAAGAAAACGACGGAACUUACAGCGAUUCAGAAGAUGACCAUGAAGAAGAAUUUUAUUAUACCGAAAUUGGCGGGGAUGAUAAUUUUGAAACUAUCAAAGCACCCAGCCCACCUUCACCACCGACAUUAAGUCAUCGUGAUAUGGCACGUCCACCUCAUGAAGAUCCAGAAUACCAAAGACAAAUUGUUGGAAAUUUUCGGCAAGGAUUGUUGGCACAAUUAUCGCAAAAUUCCAUACUUAAAUCUUCACAUGGACCUAUAAAUAUUCCUACAUCACCUUUGGCACAUCAUAAUUACACUUGGGCAGCUCAACCGACUCCAACAACAAUAUCAUCAGCCGUAUCUCAUAGCCCUGUAUCACCAAUGAAACAUGCAAGAUGGUCUCCACGUCCGUCCACAUCUUCUGCACCGUAUCCAUCCCCAACAUAUGCGCAUCAACAUCACAAUUAUAAUAGCAGCUCAAAUAAUAAUAGCAACAAUACAAAUAACAGUAGCAGCAAUAUUAAUCAUAAUAACAGUAAUCCUGGUAAUAGUCAAUACAAUAAUAAUUACCAUAGUAUUUCGAUAGCAAAUCAAAACAGCCAUCAUAAUCAGUAUAAUACCAACGGACAAUUAUCUCAAAGUGCACCGAAUCCAUCAACGUUUCAUCUUAGUCCAAAUAUUCAACAGCAUCAAACAACAACAAUUGUUCAAAAUCCACGUCAACAACACCAGCAACAACAACAACAACAACAACAUCAUUCGACAAUCACAGCAACAGCUGCAUCAAGAUUACAAUCAUCCUCAAUCAACACUGGUGGCAUUUCAUAUCAAAAUCAUCAACAACAGCAACAACAACAGCAUACAACUCAACAUCUGUCGGCUGGUUCAUUAUCGAAUUCAACAACUGCAAUAAUCUCUUCAGUGAAUCGUUCACCACAAUCACCAAACCGUCGUACACGUGGUGAAAAUAAAAAAUGUCGUAAAGUAUAUGGUAUGGAUCGCAAAGAUCAAUGGUGUACUCAAUGUAAAUGGAAGAAGGCAUGUAGUCGUUUUGGUGACUGAAAA